ACACCAAGUAGGAGGGCUUUAUGGAGGGAGGAAAAAAAGACAACUCGAGAAAAAUUAGUAUUUUCUACCUUCAGAAAUUAAUGGCCAUGAGUUCGUAUAUGGUGAACUCUAAGUAUGUGGAUCCUAAAUUUCCUCCCUGCGAGGAAUAUUCACAAAAUAACUAUAUACCUGAGCAGAGCUCGGACUACUACAGUCCAUCGCAGGACACAGACUUUCAGCAUCCAGGGAUCUACCCACGGUCAAACUACACGGAGCAGCCCUUCAGCUGCAACACUGUGCAGGACUCCACGGUGCAGCCACGGGGUCAUGUGCACGAGAGAUCCAGCCACUCGAGCCCUUUUAGCGCACAGACUGAGCAGGGGCCCCCGGUCCAAGUGGCCGGACCCCGGACUUGUGGACAGCAGCAAAACACAAAGAGCCAAAAUGGGAUACAAGCCAAGCAGCCCGCAGUAGUUUACCCCUGGAUGAAGAAAGUCCACGUAACUACUGUGAACCCGGAUUACACAGGAUCUGAGCCCAAACGGUCCAGAACAGCUUACACCCGGCAGCAGGUUUUGGAGCUUGAGAAGGAGUUUCAUUUUAACAGGUAUCUGACCAGGCGGCGACGGAUUGAGAUUGCCCACACUCUUUGUCUCUCCGAAAGGCAGAUCAAAAUCUGGUUUCAGAACAGACGGAUGAAAUGGAAGAAAGACCACAAACUGCCCAACACCAAGGGCAGAUCCGCACCAGCCUCCAGCCAUCUGCAAAGCAUCCAGAAGGACAACCAGACUGAUAUCACAUCAUUAUAAGCCAGGAAGGUGUCUUUAGAAAUUAACUGUACAUAAAAAAGACAAAGGUUGCGUCUGACUUUUGCAUGGACUGAUGUCGUUUUUAGCCUUUUUCUUAUUAUUAUUAUUUAACAAAAAAGGUGUUGAUUCAAGACUGAAUCAGAAAAUCAAUUAAGGUUGGAGAGGUUUGAAAGUUGAGCCUCCUUCUUGCUUGAAUUUCUUCCCAGAGACUCAAAAAACAUCGAAACAACAAACUUUGUUGUAUUUUUUAUUUUUUAUUUUUAUUUUUUUUUAUUUUCUUGGAAGUUUCCACCCCUGAUGACAUUCAAUGACCAACCUCGGCUGAUUUCACGGAUUUAAACAAAGUAUCUCUGCUCCUCUCAUGUGGAUUCACGCUGGUUGAAAGAUUUAAUUGCUUCAGUCAGAGCAGGGAAGUCCUUCGUUCAAACUGCACACACACACACUCUCUCUCACACACAUACAGAGGCUAUUUUAUGUUUUCUCCUUUUGAAACUUCACAUUAAACGCACAAUAUAUAUAUAUAUAUACUUGAAGGAAGCGUUAUUUCCAUAGAGCACGCCUGACACGACCUACUUUCGUGAGCUGCAGAAAUCCCGUGAAUCUUUCAGAUCUUUGUGACUCGUGUGUUUUAACUUAUUUUGUACAAUAAAGCUUUUAAAUUUUCUUAGCCUAAAUAUUAUUCCCAAAAAGCAAGACAUUCCUGUGUGCAUACUAUUCUGAGUGCCCUUAUAAAUCUCUCCUGACAUCUGUGUAAACAUUUUCAGAGGCUCUCUCGUGCCAUCUGAAACUCUAAUAUGAAAGCUCAUUUGUUCCUGCAUGGCAUCAAAUUGAUAUUGGAUGUUUCUCAUCGGAAAUAAUCAAAUCCAGAAAAUUUAGGAGUGUAAUUGUUUAUUUUUCUUAAUAUGAUUUCUACGCCAUUAUUUAUUUGUUUAAAAAAAUGUGUACAUUUUCGUAUAGCACACAUACAAUUUUAAUUAAAAGUAUUCGUUGAACUUUUAUUAAUCUAAAAAUAUGGUCGAACUCUUGUGCAUUAUUAGCAUGGCUUUAUGCAAAGUUUUAGUCUUAGUUAACGUGGGAAUCUUAGAGUUUUUCAUUUACGCGGAGGUAAGCCGAGGGGGGCUUUCACGUCACGUUUCAAGACAGAUAUUUCUUGUUUUAUACCGUCAUUGUCUUCGGACAAAACAAGGCCCAGAAGCUCUCCCAGUACGAGGAGGUCUUCUUUCUGAAGUCUUCACCAUGAGAAGGUCGACAAAGCAGCAGUGGCAGGUUCAUCCAGGGGACACAUUUCAGCCGCGAGGACUGACCCCCAGCACCCCUGACCCGCCGGACAGGCAGCAUUUUCCCUCCCAGGCGCUGUUCGCUGCGGUUUGGAGGCGCUUUUCCACACUCAAAAAGCCAAAGCAUUCAAAGCAGGAGUCAGUGCGCGAAUUCCACAGUUUUACACCUUUUAACUGCAGGCCUAUUUAUACCAGGCGAAGCCCCCGAAAGGAUCUGAUUUGUGCAUUUGCCUCUUCGUGUCAAUAUGCAAUCUUCUUGGUUUUAUUUUUGUACAUGCUUUUUACCUUGUAUUGUGCAUUGAGAUGCGAGAAGUAUAUUGGAAAAAAUAAAGAUUUCUACUGAUUAUGCA